UUGUUUCUCCUCUUGUUUUAGAAAAAGCAGCAAGGAGCCAGCAAAGCCAAACUAACAAUGAACGAUUGAUCUUCACGCGUUCAGAGACGUUCUGCUCUCCCUUUGCCAACCAUCAGGGACAGCAAGAUGAUAAUUUCCGUAUGUUGAACUCUUCUUUGCUUGGCAUGGUACUGCUUGUUGCCUACAUGAAUGGUUGACAAAGGUUAGGUUUCAGUCCAUUUCAACGCAUGAUUUCUAGUUGAGUUUUUUUUUAUUGUAAAGAAAAGCAUAUAUAGAAAAGGAAUGCUAUCUACCAGGAAAUUGAAGCGUCAAGUCGUUGCGUUGUCCCCUAGAGUUUUAUUUUCUUUACUUUCUGAUAGCGCACAUGAGACUACUCGGGUUUCCAGAUGCCGGAUGCUAGUUUCUUGGAGCAGCAGGCCUGUCAAUGAGUUUCUUGAGUCCUCUUUGACCAACCUAAAUGGCCCAACUGUUGUUGUAGGAAUCCAGGGUGGGUUCAAUCAUCAAAGCUAUUCCUUUUCGACUCUGGCUGGAACAAUUUUGGUCCAGGCUCGAGACCCAGCUAAAUUAUGUAUGGAAAUAGAGAAUGCAAUCGAUGAGCAUAGAUUUAAUGAUGCAUGGAAGUUAUUUGAACAGCAUUUGCAUAUGGAUGGGUUUCCUCGAAAGUCCAUUGUGAAUAAGCUUCUAACAAGUUAUUCCGCAAGCCUUGGUGUUCCAUGGCUUGAGAAGGCAUAUGGCUUGGUAGAACAGGCUAUUGAGGAAAGCAAGCAGAAUCUGCUGGAGAAAGAGCCUUUGAUCUAUCUCUCUUUUGUUCUUGCUAAAUGUGGUUUGCCAGUUCCAGCAUCAACAGUCCUGAGAAAGUUGAUACAAAUGGAACAAUAUCCUCCGGUGACUGCUUGGUCUGCAAUCUUGGCUCAUAUGUCACUAACAGCUCCUGGUGCUUACCUAGCUGCUGAGCUGAUACUUGAGAUAGGUUACUUGUUUCAAGAUGGUAGGGUGGACCCACGUAAAAAGAUUAAUGCACCUUUGAUUGCCAUGAAGCCUAAUACUAUUGCUAUGAACAUUGCUUUGACCGGAUGUCUCUUGUUUGGAACAACUAGAAAAGCAGAGCAGCUUCUUGACAUGAUGCCUCGAAUUGGCAUCAGAGCUGACACAAAUUUAUUGAUCAUAAUGGCACAUAUAUAUGAGAGGAAUGGGAGAAGAGAAGAACUUAGAAAACUUCAGAGACAUAUAGAUGAAUCCCAAAGUUUAACCGAUACGCAGUUUCGGCAGUUCUAUAAUUGUUUACUAACGUGCCACUUGAAAUUUGGGGAUCUUGAUGCUGCUUCCAACAUGGUUUUGAUAAUGCUUCGGAAAGCAAGGGAAGCACGGAAUUCAUUUGCUACGGCUGCACUGCUGUUCCCAAUUGAUAAGAAGUCCUCUCCAGGCCCAGUUUCUCAGGAAAGUUUGAGCCACAAAGAAUCAGGUGGUUUAGGGAACAAUAGAUCAAACAAAGAUCUUACGAUUUCUUAUGAAGAGUUCUAUAGAGACCGGAAUUUCUUGAAACUUGACACUGAGGCAAAGGAAGUACUCAGUACUCUGUUAGUUGAGUUGCAGAUGCAAGUUGAAUUGAUUACAACUGAACGUGGUAUCCUCCAGCCAACUGAAAAAAUUUAUGUGAAGCUGGUUAAAGCUUUCCUAGAAUCGGGCAAGACCAAGGAGUUGGCUGCAUUUCUCAUCAAGGCAGAGAAAGAAGAUUCUCCAGCUUCCAAUGACGAUUCAGCUUUGGUUCAUGUCAUCAAUUCAUGCAUUUCACUUGGGUGGCUAGAUCAGGCACAUGACCUGCUAGAUGAGAUGCGUUUGGCUGGGAUCAGAACCAGUUCUUCUGUCUAUGCUUCACUCUUGAAAGCAUAUUGUAAAGCAAACCGAACAAGAGAGGUCACUGCACUUCUACGAGAUGCACGUAGAGCAGGGAUCCAGCUAGACUCGAGUAGUUAUAAUGCAUUGAUUGAGUUCCGAGUGAUUCAAAAAGAUACUAAGGAAGCCCUCCAUAUUUUUAAGGAGAUGAAAGAGGCUAAGAUACCUAGAACUGGCCAUCAGGAAUUUGAGAUGUUGGUUAAGGGAUGUGCAGAGGGUGGUGAAGCAGGGUUGAUGGCAAAGCUUUUGCGGGAAAUCAAAGAAGAGCAGGCUGCAGAUUCUGGAGUUCAUGAUUGGAAUAAUGUGAUCCAUUUUUUCUGCAAGAAGAGACUUAUGCAAGAUGCCGAAAAGGCUUUGAAGAAGAUGAGGAGUCUGGGCCAUGCCCCAAAUGCUCAAACUUUUCAUUCUAUGGUGACUGGAUACGCUGCCAUUGGGGGAAAAUAUAUAGAGGUAACAGAGCUCUGGGGCGAAAUGAAAUCUAUUGCUUCAGCAACCUCAAUGAAGUUUGACCAGGAACUACUGGAUUCAGUACUUUAUACAUUUGUGAGAGGUGGAUUUUUUACUCGAGCAAAUGAAGUCGUGGAUAUGAUGGAGGAAGGGAAAAUGUUCAUUGACAAAUACAAGUAUCGAACCCUCUACUUGAAGUACCAUAAAACACUAUACAAGGGAAAAACUCCCAAAAUCCAGACAGAAAGUCUAGUAAAAAAGAGGGAAGCUGCACUGACCUUUAAGAAGUGGUUGGGUCUGAACUGAGGGGGUUUUUGUUGUGUUUCAACAACUCUAAAGAUGAGACGGGACUGUAAAUAUUCAGAAAAGGAAACUUUGGCACUGUCAGGGUGAAUCCUUGCGUUUUGUAUCUUGAAAAUGUAAUGGACUUUCUUCACUUGUUUCUUCAGUCAACGAGAAAACGAACUUCCUCCAUCAGUAUGUCAAUGGUUUUCACCAGAAGAAGGCGCCAUUGACAAUAAAUUGUUCAAACUCUGUUAUGCGCUUACAGAGUUCAGGCCAUGUUGGAGGCUACAGCAUUCGUUUGUGCAAGGUAAUUUACAAUUUGUUAGGAGUUCAUUUAAUUAUAGCUCGAGCUCAAAUUAUGAAUUUAGGAGAUUUGUAAAAUUGAAAGAACAUAACAAAGAAUUAAUAGUUUAAAGGACAGCUUGCCAUAAGUUUCAUGAAA